AUGGCCAACCACCACCCGUCGCCGACCAUGGCCAUGCAGGCACAGCAGCAUGGCCCUCCUGGCCCUCCUCCGCCGCCAGGGAUGCAGCAAGGCCAGAACUAUGCGCCCUCGCGCCAGAUCCUCCUCAUGAACGAGGCCGUAUGGAUGCAGAUCGGCAGCUUCGCUGAGCUUCUCGGUAACCUCGAGGAAGCCAUGAAGGCUUACGACCGGGCCUUGCAGGCAAACCCGCAAUCAGUAGCGGCAAUGAAUGCCAUCAGCUUGAUCCUGCGCACGCGCGAGGAGUUUCACAAAGCUGUCGACUACCUGCAGGCGAUACUCAAGAUCGACAACACCAAUGGCGAGGCCUGGGGCAGCUUGGGUCACUGCUACCUUAUGAUGGACGACUUGCAGCAAGCCUACGCUGCCUACCAGUCUGCCUUGGUCAACUUGAGGAGCCCGAGGGUUAGUAGCGCCGCCUCCGGCUCUGUGGGUUUCUCGAAUACUAACACUGCGCAGGAGCCCAAGCUGUGGUACGGCAUUGGCAUCCUUUACGACAGAUAUGGCUCCCUGGAGCAUGCCGAAGAGGCCUUCUCGCAGGUGAUGCAGAUGCAGCCCGACUUUGAAAAGGCGAAUGAGAUUUACUUCCGUCUUGGCAUCAUAUACAAGCAACAGCAGAAGUAUGGUCAGAGUCUUGAGUGCUUCAAGUACAUUGUCAACUCACCGCCUCCUCCCUUGACCGAAGAGGACAUUUGGUUCCAGAUUGGUCACGUCCACGAGCAGCAGAAAGACAGACAGUACGAUAGUGCUAAGGCUGCCUACCAAAGAGUUCUCGAACGUGACCCGAGCCACGCAAAGGUCCUGCAGCAGCUUGGCUGGCUCCACCACCAGCAGAGCAGUAGCUUCCAGAGCCAGGAGCGGGCGAUUGAAUUCUUGGAGAAGUCUGUUGCCGCCGACCAAGGCGAUGCUCAGAGCUGGUACCUGCUUGGUCGCUGUUACAUGUCUCAGCAGAAGUACCCCAAGGCGUACGAGGCGUACCAGCAGGCCGUCUAUCGCGAUGGGAGGAACCCGACGUUCUGGUGCUCCAUCGGAGUGCUGUACUACCAGAUCAACCAGUACCGUGAUGCUCUCGACGCUUACUCUCGUGCCAUUCGGCUCAACCCCUUUAUCUCCGAAGUCUGGUACGACUUGGGCACACUGUACGAAUCCUGCAACAACCAAAUUAGCGAUGCGCUUGACGCGUACCAGCGCGCCGCGGAGCUUGACCCCCAGAACCCUCACAUCAAGGCGCGUCUGCAGCUGCUGAGGAACGGCGGCGCCAACGGAGGACAGCCCCCAGCGCUCCCCAGCCCGCUGAUGUUCACCCUCAAGCAUACCAAGUCGGUCCCCCGGCACCCCAAUGGGGAAGCUCUGCUCCUCAGUCCCAGCAGCAGGGAGGACAGCAGCCUCCGCCACCACCUGGUCCCGGCGGCCCUGGCAGCAACGGCUGGGCCACCUAACCCCUACGAGCAGCGCGGCGAGCCGUUCCGUGGACCUGCCCCCCCUAUGCCGCGCCAGCCCAGCCCUAGGCAAGAACAGCAGCAGCAGCAGCAACAACAGCAGCAGCAACAGCAGCACGGCGGCCGCCCGCCCUACCCUGAGUCGAUCCGUCGGAUGCCUAGCCCGCCUUCGCACUACUCUGGACCGCCGCAGCCUCCUCAACAGCCCCCUCAGGGUGCUCCCACUUCUGCGCCGCGCACCAUCAACCCCAACUACUCUCAGCAGUCUUCUGCUCAAAUGCCUCCUAUGAAUGUGGGACCCAAUGGCCCUCCCAGCCAGCCGCCGCAGUUCCGCGGCACUAACAGCCCCCGGCCAGGCGAGAGGCCCAUGCACGAUAACCGCAUGCCUUCUCCCAAGUCGGCGUAUCCUCAACAUCCCCCCCCUCCGCCGCCGCCGUACAGCCAUCACCCUGACGGCCCCACCCCUGGCCCCAUGGAGGCCGGUGCCCCGCCUCCACCCCCUCCUGGUGCGAUUGCCGCAGACCCGGCAGCGCAGCGCAACGAACAUGAGCGUCCCCCCUCCGUUGGCCCCAAGCGCAUGCGGGAGUGGGAGGAGGAGUCCUCCCACAAGCGCCCGGCCAAUGAUGAGAACCGAGCCAGACUUGAUGACGUUCGCCCUCGACGGCCGUCGACCCCUCCAGGACCCCGGGAGCAGUACCGUCGCAAUUCAUCGGAGGUCCGCCGCUUUGAGGAUCAGCGCCGUGCCGAAGAUCAGCGUCGCGCCGACGAUCAGAGAAGGGCCGAGGACAUUCGGAGAGGCGAGGAGCAGCGCCAUGCCAACGACGGGUACCACCCCUCGGAGGCGGCUCAUCACCCUCCUAGCCACCCGAUGCCCUCCAACCACCUCCCGCCGAUGCAGUCGGCUGCCGCACCGAUGCAGAACAUUCUCCAUGACGGAGCUCAGAACGGUCCCGGACCUGCCUCCGGGCCGGCUCCUGGUGUCAAGGAGUACCCUGCCGAGGAACGGCCGCCAAUCGAGCACACUCCCGCCCCCCGGCCUGCCCAGCCGAGCGAGCCGGAGCGUGCGGCCCGGAAAAUGGAUGUUGACGAAGACUACGAUGACAGUGGAGAGGAUGAAAAGAAGGGUGCCGUUGCUACGACCAACGGCUCUGGCCCUGCCCCGACGUCGGGUGAGACCAAGACGCCAACGAGCGCGAGCAUCAAUGGCUUGAUGGGACCUACUCCCAAGGUCGAGUCGACUUAA